AUGGGUCCCUUGAUCAAGAACACGUUCGUCAAGGUCCUAGCAAUGCUGCUAGUGGCUCUUGUCAUAUGUGCUCCAUCAACACAAGGAGGCCACCACAAGAAAUUGCAUCUUACCGGGCACGACAAGGUUAGUAGUUUCGAAUCCGAAAAACAGACGUUCAAGGUUGGGGAGCCACUCUACAGGGUCAGGGGCAAGAACAAUGUUGAGACCUUAAUACCUGCGUACAAAGUUGCAGGGCUGUAUCGGGUUAGAGAAUGA